AUGAAUCCGAGCCCACAUCUCCCACCGCCGGGGCAGCAAGUGAUCCAUGUUACCCAGGACCUGGACACGGAUCUCGAAGCUCUGUUUAAUUCGGUCAUGAACCCGAAGCCAAGUUCUUGGAGAAAGAAGAUUCUCCCGGAGUCGUUCUUCAAGGAGCCCGACUCGGGGUCCCACUCCAGGCAGUCCAGCACAGACUCGGGCAGCCAUCCCCCCAGGCAGGGAAUUCACUUCCGAUCCAACUCAUCCCCGGCAUCACUGCAGCAAGGGACUGCUACCAGCACUGCGCCAAGUACCGCUCAGCUACACGCUCACUUGCGCCAGCAGUCUUACGAUGUGACAGAUGAGCUCCCCCUGCCGCCGGGGUGGGAAAUGGCAUUCACACAUACGGGACAGAGAUACUUUCUCAACCAUAUUGAAAAAAUCACAACAUGGCAAGACCCACGGAAGACAAUGGCCCAGCCAAUGGUUCACCUAAACCACCAUCCCAUCACCACAUCUACUCCAAUGAGCCAAAGAUCACUUGCAAUGUCCCAGCCAAACCUUGUGAUGAACCAUCCCCAACAAAUAACUUCCAGCCCUGCCAUACCUCAACAGAACCAUCCGACCCAGAAUCCUCAAGCAGCGCUAAUCAAUUUGCCCAAUGCUCUUACCACCCAGCAACAGCAGCAACAGAAACUUCGGCUUCAACGGAUCCAGAUGGAGAGAGAGAGAAUCCGGAUGCGUCAGGAGGAGCUGCUGAGACAGGAAGCUGCAUUAUGCCGACAACUUCCAAUGGAGUCAGAAAACAUGGCUCCAGUUCAGAACACAGUCAGCCCACCUGCCAUGCCUCAAGAGAUAAGACCUAUAACAAACAAUGGCUCUGACCCUUUCCUCAACAGUGGCCCAUAUCACUCCAGAGAACAGAGCACCGACAGUGGCCUUGGCCUAGGUUGCUAUAGUAUACCAACCACUCCAGAGGACUUUCUCGGUAACAUGGAGGAAAUGGACACAGGUGAGAUACUCGCCCAGCCUUCCAUGAACCUGACCCCUCAAACACGUUUCCCAGAUUUUCUUGACGCUCUUCCAGGGACAAACGUCGACCUGGGUACCCUGGAGUCUGAAGACUUGAUCCCUAGUCUCAACGACGUAGAGUGUGUGUUGAAUAAAAAUGAGCCCUACCUCACCUGGCUGUAG